UUAGUUUACUCUUGACCUUCAGGCCUGUUCUCAGUCCCUGGACUAUGUCUGAUGACAAUGGGAUCUGGUGACAACUGCAAAACCAAGAUACUCCUUCCAGAUAAAUUCGAUUACCUGCUCUAUGGGAGCCUGGGACUGGGAGGGCUCCUCCUCCUGCUUGUCAUCAUCCUGUUCACCUGCCUGUGCCGGUUCAGUCAGAGAGUGAAGAGACUGGAAAGGAAUGCCCAGGUCUCAGGGCAGGAGCCCCACUAUGCAUCUCUCCAGCAGCUGCCAGUGUCCAGUAGUAUUAUCGCAGACAUGAAAGAAGACCCCAGCACUGACUAUGCCUGCAUCGCCAGGAGCACACCCACUUGAGUGCCCCCAAAAGCUCUCCUCGCCCUGGGUGCGUGCUCAGUCACACUAUGUUUAUCUAGUAAAGUCUGGUUCCCCACUUCUGCA